AGGGGAAGCAGAUACUUGGUAACGCAUCACAGCAGGACAGGCAAUCGAAUCUAAAGGCGCUCAGCCAGCGACGGACACGGACUAGGAAGGUGCAGGUGAUGUCGUGGAGUGUGGGUUUAGGCGGCAGGAUGACAUUUGCCAAGCUCCUCCUUCCCUUCGUCAUUCUUCACUCUUUCUGUGAAGGCUCCAACCAGCCACCACGCUUUGAGAACUACUUCUUCUCGACCUACCUUCUCAUCUAUGAAGAUACGCCUGUCGGUUCAUCAGUGGCCCAGCUGAGGGCAAUUGAUCCUGAGGGGGAACCCCUUAUAUAUGGUGUUUCAGGAGAAGAGGCCAUGAGGUAUUUUUCUGUGAACAAAGAUACUGGUGUAGUCUGGCUCCGACAACAGCUCGACCGUGAGACCAAGUCAGAGAUGCAGGUCGAAUUCUACGUGAGUGACAUUCAAGAGGUGGUCAAAGACAAAGUAAACAUCCAGAUUGGAGACGUGAAUGAUAAUGCACCAACCUUCCAUGGGCAACCUUAUGCCGUCUUUAUCCCAGAGGACACACCGGUGGGCAGAUCAGUGUUCAUGGUGAAUGCCACAGAUCCAGACCAGGGCACUGGAGGCAGCGUUCUCUUCUCCUUCCAGCCGCCAUCUCCCUUCUUCUCCAUCGACGGGGCCCGAGGCAUCGUCACAGUCAUCAAAGCCCUGGACUACGAAACAACCUCAGCAUACCAGCUUACUGUCAACGCCACGGAUCAAGACAAAACAAGACCUCUGUCCCGGCUUUCCAACUUAGCUAUCUCCAUCACUGAUGUCCAGGACAUGGACCCUAUUUUCACCAAUCUGCCCUACAGUACUAACAUAGAGGAGGACGUUCCCCUGGGAUAUGAAGUGCGGAAGAUAACAGCCAUUGACCAGGAUCUCGGCCGACCAAGAGGCAUCGGCUACACCAUCAUCUCAGGGAACACCAACAGCGUUUUUGCCCUGGACUACAUCAGUGGGUCCCUGACAGUGAAUGGCCAGCUGGACAGAGAAAACCCACUCUACUCAGCAGGAUUCACUCUCACCGUCAAGGCCACAGAGUUGAAAGAUGAUCGCAGUCCAUCAGAAGCAACAGUCAGGACCGCCUUUACUAUCCUGCUAAUUGACAAGAAUGACAACGCCCCAAUGUUCAACAGUUCUGAGUAUCGGGUCCGCAUCACCGAACUGGCCCAGGUGGGCUUUGCCCUUCCCCUCUUUAUCCAGGUCGAAGACAAGGACGAGGGGGUGAACAGCAUGUUCCAAGUGUUUCUGACAGGAAACAAUUCGGAGUACUUCACCAUCUCCCCCACAGCGGUCCAGGGGCGUGCUGACAUCAGGAUAAGGGUGGCCAUACCGCUGGACUAUGAACAGAUUCGCAGUUUCAGCUUCUCACUUUAUGCCAAUGAGUCUAUGUCCGACCACGUGGGUUUUGCUCGUGUCUUUAUUGACUUAAUCAAUGAGAAUGAUAACCGGCCCAUCUUUAGCAGACCGCUGUACAACAUCAGCCUUCCUGAAAACACACCCCCUGGUACCUCACUGUUGCGUAUCCUGGCUACAGAUGCAGAUGUAGGCACAUUUGGUGUUGUGCGUUACUCCUUCAGUGAUGAGCCAGACCAGUUUUCACUGGACGAUGUGACAGGCUGGGUGACUCUGCGGGGCAGUCUGGACUUCGAGUUGAUGCAGCGCUUCACGCUGACUGUGCUAGCGAGGGAUGGCGGCGGGGAGGAGACGACGGGGAGGAUCCGCGUCAAUGUGUUAGAUGUCAACGACAAUGCGCCGAUUUUCCAGAAGGAGGCUUACGUGGGCUCGCUGAGAGAGAAUGAACAGACUGUCCAGGCGGUGGCACGAGUCAGGGCUAUAGAUGAGGAUUCUCCUCCCAACAACCUCCUGACAUACACCAUCACUUCAGCCACGGCCUUCCUCAGUUACUUCAGGGUCAUCAUGGUGGAGGGCUACGCAGUCAUCAGUGUGACCAAUCCUCUGGACUACGAGCAAAUUCCAAAUGGGAUGAUAUACUUGACAGUGAUGGCCAAAGACGGUGGAAACCCAGCCCUCAACAGCACAGUCCCUGUCACAGUGGAGGUGAUUGAUGAAAAUGACAACCCACCCGAAUUCAGCAAGCAGCCCUACAUCGUCAAAAUCCCAGAGAACAUUAUUGCCGGGGCGACUGUACUGCUUGUGAACGCCACUGAUUUGGACGCCUCGCGGGAGUUUGGCCAGGCCUCACUCAUCUACUCCCUGGAGGGCUCCUCUCAGUUCCGUCUCAACUCGCGCUCAGGAGAGAUCACCACCACAGCCCUGCUGGACAGAGAGCUGAAGUCAGAGUACAUACUUAUAGUCAGAGCUGUGGAUGGAGGGGUGGGCCCUCAGCAGAAGACUGGCAUCGCCACGGUGAACAUCACCAUCCUGGACAUCAAUGACAACGCCCCUGUGUGGAGAGAUGAGCCAUACAAUGCCAAUGUAGUGGAGAUGAGCCCAAUGAACACGGACGUUAUUUCUGUGUUGGCAGUGGACCCUGACAAUUGGGAAAAUGGGACAGUGAUGUACAGUAUAAGUCCAGAAAACCCCUUCUACACGAUCAACAGCAGUACAGGAAAGAUCCGCACCAGUGGGGUAACUCUGGACAGAGAAAACUCCAACCCCAGAGACACAGUACUCAUGAGGACCAUUAUUAUCUCAGCUGUCGACCGUGGUACACCUCCACUGCGUGCAUCUGUGAGCACCACAGUGUUUGUCAACCUGUUGGAUCUCAAUGACAAUGACCCAACUUUCCUCAACCUGCCCUUUGUGGCUGAAGUGCUAGAGGGACUGCCCAUUGGAUCCUCAGUUUUUAGGGUCCAGGUGGAGGACCCGGAUGAAGAUAAGAAUGGAUUGAUUACAAUGGCGUUACAGAUGGGAAUGCCUCGCCUCGACUUCUACCUCAACACCUCUACUGGCAUUCUCACCUCCACGGCAGUCCUAGAUCGUGAGCAGAUUGGCCAGUACCAUUUGAGAAUUAUUGCAUACGAUGCAGGGAAGUUCCCUCGCACCUCGACUUCAACCCUCACUGUCGCAGUUCUGGAUGUAAAUGAUGAGACGCCCACCUUCAACCCUCGCGUGUACAAUGUUUCCCUGAAGGAGAGUGUCCCUAGAGACUACAUUGUAGCUCGCCUCAGCUGCUCUGACAACGACGCUGGCCUCAACGCUGAACUUAGCUACUUCAUCACAGGUGGGAACCAGGAUGGUAAAUUUAGCGUGGGCUUCAGAGACGGAGUUGUUCGGACGGUGGUUGGCUUAGACAGAGAGACCCAGGCAGCAUACACCCUGAUUGUAGAAGCUAUAGACAACGGUCCCGCAGGCAGCCGGAGGACAGGGACAGCCACUGUAUAUGUUGAGGUGCAGGAUGUUAACGACAACAGACCCAUCUUCCUACAAAAUAGCUAUGAGACCAGCAUACUGGAGAGUGUGAAACAAGGAACCAGCAUCCUUCAGGUUCAAGCUACAGAUGCAGAUGAGGGGGAGAAUGGACGAGUUCUAUACAGGAUCCUCUCUGGGAACAGCAACAAUCUGUUCAGCAUAAACACACAGACCGGGCUGGUGACGAGAGGCCUCCGGGCGCUGGACAGAGAAACCAGCAGCUCCCACAUGUUGGAAGUGGAGGCCUACAACAGUGACGAGGGCAGCAUGAGGAGCUCCGUGAGGGUGAUCAUAUAUGUUGAUGAUGCCAAUGACGAGGUGCCAGUGUUUACCCAGCAACAGUACAACCGGCUGGGCCUUAGGGAGACUGCUGGCAUUGGCACCUCUGUGAUUGUGGUACGUGCCACAGACCGGGACACAGGUGAUGGUGGAGCCGUUGCUUACUCCCUUGUGUCCGGUUCGGACCGCAAGUUUGAAGUGGAUGUAAGCACUGGCCUGGUAACCACUGUGGACUACCUGGACUAUGAAACCAAGACCACUUAUCUUAUGAAUGUCUCGGCCACUGACCAGGCUCCACCUUUCAACCGAGCCUUCUGCACAGUCUACGUCACGUUACUUAAUGAGCUGGAUGAGGCCGUGGCCUUCUUGUCCGGCGGUUAUGAGGCUUCGCUGCGUGAGAACAUCGCCACGGGGACAGAGGUGGUCCAGGUGAAGGCCCAGUCGGCCGACAACUUGAACCAGCUGACUUACCGCUUCGACCCUGACACGUCGCCUGCAGCUCUAGCCCUCUUCAAGAUAGACAGCGUCACGGGGCGUAUCACAGUGACAGGCCUGCUGGACAGAGAGAGGGGGGAUAUGUACACCUUGACUGUUGUAGCUGAUGAUGGAGGACCUAAGAAGGACUCCACUGUGAAGGUUUCGAUCACCAUUCUGGAUGAGAAUGACAACAGUCCAGAGUUUGACAUCACAUCUGAUACUUCAGUGAACAUCGCAGAAAACACACCCAUGGGGAAAAAAGUGGCAAUUGUGCUGGGAAGGGACAAAGAUGCUGGAUUAAACGGACUGGUCAAUUUCACUCUGGUGGCAGGCAACAUGGAGGAUGUGUUCAAGAUCACGACAGUGAACCACACCUACGGGGAGGUUUAUGUCAAUGCACCUCUGGACAGAGAGUCAGUAGACCGCUACCUACUAAAGGUGCGUGCAACUGACAAUGGCUCACCUCCCAGAUACACAGACCACUCCCUCACCAUUAACAUCCUGGAUGUCAAUGACAAUGCACCUGUUAUUGAAAGCCAGAGGGGCUACAACGUCAGCAUAAGCGAGAAUGUUGGAGGUGGUACGUCAGUCCUCCGUGUGAUGGCUACUGACCGAGACAUCGGUCCCAACGCCAUGCUGUUUUACUACAUCACUGCCGGAAACCAGGACCUGACCUUCCGCAUGGACCGUGUGACCGGAGAGAUGGUUACCCGACCAGCACCUCCGGACCGAGAGCGCCAGCAAGAGUACAGACUCACCGUCACUGUGGAAGAUGACGGCACUCCACCUCUGUCGACCUCAACCACCAUCAAUGUUCGCAUUGUGGAUGAGAACGAUAAUGCCCCAGAGUUUCCCGAGGAGGAGUAUGUCACAGUGUUGAGCGAGGGACCAGAAACAGUGGGUGCCACCAUCGCCACAGUAACGGCCAUCGACCCAGAUGAGGGUCUGAACGGCACCUUGCGAUAUGCUAUCACUCAGGGCAACCUGAUCCAGACCUUUAAUAUGAACAGCAUCACCGGGAGGAUUACAGCCAUAAAGGAGCUGGACUUCGAGAUCAGCAAUGGACACUACACACUGGUUGUCACAGCUACGGACCAGUGUCCAAAACCUGCUCUUCGUUUGACAUCUAGCACAACAGUGCUAGUAAAUGUCCUAGAUGUGAACGAUGUGACGCCCACCUUCCCUAGGGCCUACGAGGGACCCAUCGAGGUGGCUGAGGGCCAGCCAGGACCUCGGGUCUUGACUCUCAGAGCCAGUGAUCAAGACUCUGGGCUCAAUGGAAAAGUGGAGUACAGCAUCACUGGGGGAGAUCAACAGAAUGAGUUCAUGGUUUCUCCAGUGGAGGGCGAGCUUCGGGUGAGAAAGGAUGUAGAGCUGGACAGAGAGACAACUGCCUUCUACAAUAUCACUGUCACAGCCCGAGACCUGGGCACCCCAUCUCGCAACAGCUCGGUGGUGGUGGGGGUCUAUGUCCAAGACAUCAAUGACAAUGACCCAGUCAUCCUGAACCUGCCUUACAACACCAGUGUGAGUGAAGGCGCCUCCAUACACACCUCUGUGGCCAGGGUCCGCGCACAAGAUGCAGACAGCGGCCGGAACGCGCUGCUCACUUAUAACAUCACUGCUGGAAACCAGGAUGGAGCCUUCUACAUCAUUGACACAGUGAGAUAA